AUGGCCAAUCUCGGCAUCCAAUCGCCAACACGGCAAACGGCAGCCUUCCACCUCCCCUCCUCAUCCUCCUCCUCCGUCGCCUCCGGCUCCGGCUACGAAGACGACGACGCCCCGCUCCCUUUCCCCGCCGCCCUCCCGCGAUCCGACUUCCUCGCAACCGACUUCCACCCGGCAAACUACCUCUCCGCCCUCCCGCACCGGCACCAGACCCUCGACGACCUCAAAGCCGAGCUCCGCGAUCGCAGCGCCGCCAUCAGCGCCGAGCUGCUGGAGCUCGUCAACGGCAACUACACCGCCUUCUUAUCUCUUGGCAACGAGCUGCGCGGCGGCGAUGAGAGGGUCGAGAAUGUGCGUGUCGCCAUGCUCGGUUUCCGGAGGGCCGUGGAGGAGAUCAAGGGCAAAGUGAGGACGCGCGGAGAGGAGGUUCAGGGGUUGAGCGGGGAGUUGAGGGAGGUGAGGAGGGGAAUUGAAGCCGGGAGGAAGAUGCUUGAGUUGGAUGAGCGGGUGUCUUCGCUCGAGGAGCGGCUUGCGCUUGCAAGCUUACCGGGAAAAGCAAAAACGGGCGAUGGCGAGGGAGAGGAAGAGGAUGGUGGCUGGGACGCGGAUGACAGCGAGGAGUCUGAUGAGGAAGAGGAUGAUGAUGAUGAUGUGGGCGGCCUGGUGGGUAGCAGCCCUGCGAAGCUCGCGGGCUUCGCGCAAGAUUUCUGCAUCGUCGAAGCUCUUGCGGAUGCUAUUGGGCGGGAUGCCCCGUUCGUGGUCAAGGCUGAGGCUCGGAUGGUGAGGUGUCGGAACACAAUCCUUCUUGAUCUCGGCACGGCGAUGAAGGAAGCACGCAGGGCGGGUAAGAAGGGUCAGGCGAGGACGGUCAAGUACCUGGGCUUGUACGGAUUGCUUGACGCCCAGGCCGAAGCGAUCAGAGCUCUCAAGAGCAGUUGA